GAAAACCCCUCUCUCAGACUCCAGAGUAACAACAAUGGCGGAACUCGUGGGUGACGCGGUUUACCUUAAGGAGAUCGACAAAGCUCGCCGUGAGCUCCGUGCUCUCAUCGCUAACAAGAAUUGUGCUCCGAUCAUGCUCCGAUUGGCGUGGCAUGACGCUGGAACCUAUGAUGCUGAAUCGAAGACUGGUGGACCUAAUGGCUCGAUUAGGAACGAAGAAGAGUAUAGUCAUGGUGCUAAUAGUGGUUUGAAGAUCGCUAUUGAUCUCUGUGAGGAAGUGAAGACUAAACAUCCCAAAAUCACUUAUGCGGAUCUUUACCAGCUUGCGGGUGUGGUAGCGGUUGAAGUUACUGGUGGACCUGACAUCAGUUUUGUGCCUGGCAGAAAAGAUUCAAAUGCCUGCACCGAGGAAGGAAGGCUCCCUGAUGCUAAUCAAGGUUUCAAACAUCUUAAAGAUGUCUUCUACCGGAUGGGACUGUCUGAUAAAGAUAUUGUGGCACUCUCAGGGGCUCAUACUCUGGGAAGGGCUCAUUUAGAGAGAUCAGGUUUUGAUGGACCAUGGACUCGAGAUCCUCUGAAGUUUGAUAACUCAUACUUUGUGGAAUUGCUGAAAGGAGAAGGAUCAGAAGGUUUGCUGAAACUUUCCACGGAUGAGACUUUGUUGGAUGUCCCAGAGUUCCGUCGUUAUGUUGAGCUUUACGCAAAGGACGAAGAUGCAUUCUUUAGAGACUAUGCAGAGUCACACAAGAAACUCUCAGAGCUCGGGUUCACACCAACGGCUUCAGUCACUAAUAAGGAAACUCAGUGGAUGAUAACUUUCGAAUUAAAACUCUCACAGCUCGGAGUCGUAGUCGUUGCUGCUACUGUUGUGGCCUUUGGCUGCUUCAAUGAAGUCCGCAAAAGGAUGAAGUAAAUAAAUGAGAGUAAGAAACGAUUCCUCUAAUCUUGGGUUUUGUUGCAAAACGAAACAUUGUAAAAAACACGAAUCUACUAUGGAUCGGUUCGUUCAUCGGUAUGUAGAUGAUUCGGAUCUUAACCGGACAUAUAAUUGGAAUUGGUACGAAUUGGUUCAGUUCUUAUUGAA